AUGGAAGAGUGCUUGCCAGAAAUGGUUCCUAUUUCUGCUAAUGUUAAAAAUUGGACUGUUUCUGAAUUGAUUGCAAACGGAAGGUGGGAGUGGAGGAAACUGCAAGGAUUGGUUCCUGAUGAAACCUUGCAGAAGAUCAGUGGUAUUAAUUCUUUUUGUCUCCACAAACAAGAUGAUCCUGUUUGGGAUAAAGUAAGGAAUGGUUUUUACACUGUGAAAAAAGGAUAUAUGGAGACUAAAAUGAAGAAGUUUGUAGUGGAUGGUAGGGCUGGUGGGACUUUCUCUCUUCCAAAUAGUAUCUGGGGCAAGGUGUGGAAAUUGAAAAUCUUGCCUAAAAUCACGCAUUUUGCUUGGAGAUGCUUGGUAGGAGCUGUACCUGUGAAGGAGGCUUUGGUGAGAAGAAGGUGUUGUAACACCUCUGUGAUCUGUCCUAUUUGUAAUCAAGAGGUAGAAACGAUUGAACAUACUCUUUUCUUGUGUUCACGGUUUCAAGGUGUGUGGUUUGCUUCUGCUUUAUCCUGGAAAAUAGAUUGUAAUAGAUUUCAGAGUUUUGGACUUUGGUUUGAGAAAAUUUUAAUCGAUGAUAAUGUGUUGAAUGAGUUUCAACUGGCCUAUGUUGCUUGGAUCAUUUGGUUGGUAUGGAAGGAGAGAAAUAGUGUGGUUUUUGAAGCUAAACAACAUGAUCCUAUUAAGGUUGUGCAGCUUGCUGAAAAAGCAGUGAGGGAAUUUUGGAAGGCAAAUGACUGGAUGGUUGAUGAUGAUGAGCCAGUUACGAAAGAGAUUGGUUGGAAGGGUUGGAGACCUCCAGAUUUUGGUGUCUUGAAAAUUAACUGUGACGGUUCUUGCUCUUUGGAGGCAGCAGCUAUUGGGUUAGUUUGUAGAGAUCAUGCUGGUGGUUUUAUGUGGGGAUUUGGGGAGGUAGUGAAAUCUAAUUCUGCUUUCUUAACCGAAGUCCUGGCUGUUCUGAAGGCUUUGGUAUUAUCAAGGAUUUGA